ACUCUCAAGCGCACCUGUGAUUGGCUCGUGCGAGAGCGGACGACGGGACAGGUGAAACGGAAGUGAAGAGAUACAUUUGUCGCGUGGUUCAACCUGACGGGACGCCGUUGAAAAAUGAACAGUCUCCUUCCAUCUGACUUAACAUCUGAGGUGAAGAAAGCCACCAAGAUCCUCAAAGGAUUCACUGAAAUCUCCGCCGGGAAUGGGCUGGACAAACUCAUCCCAGCAAGUGUGAUCGCAUCAGCCGAGGGGCUGGCCAUCAUCUCCGUGGUGAAGGCGGGCUUCGUGAUCACGGCAAGAGGAGGCAGCGGCAUCGUCAUCGCCAGGCUGGCUGACAGACGCUGGUCGGCUCCUUCCGCCAUUGGUAUCGCCGGGCUGGGCGGCGGCUUCGAAAUUGGUGUGGAGGUUUCAGACCUGGUGAUCGUCCUAAACCAUCGGCGGGCCAUUGACGCUUUCACCAGGGGCGGGAACUUGACGCUGGGCGGGAACUUUACAGUCGCUGUGGGUCCGAUGGGCAGGAACAUGGAGGCCGAUGUCACCCUUCGCAAAAUGGCCGCCGUCUACACUUACUGCAAGUCCCGAGGGUUGUUUGCAGGCUUGUCUCUGGAGGGCUCGUACCUGAUUGAACGCAAAGAGACCAAUCGCAAGUUCUACUCUCGGGAUUUGCGAGCGUCCGGCAUUUUGAAUGGCGACGUGGACCCGCCAAAAGAGUGUGACUUCCUGUACGAUAUGUUGAAUUCUUACGCGGAGGGCUCCGGCACGGACUCGAGCAGCAAAAAUGUGACCGCAAAGUCGUCCCGUCCUCCUGCCAGACCUCCAGCUCCUGCUCCUUCGCGAGGAGGGAACACCUCACAGCAGCCCGAUGAUCUUGGUGCGGCAGGUAGAAGGUCACUCUACCCGAAUAUUUCGGUCUACAAAUCGGACCCUUCAAAUCAAAUUCCUCCCAGAAAACCUCCAAACUUGGGAGGAGGCGGAGCGAGCGAAACUCUGGUGGUCACUGCUGUCCACGCCUUUGCGGGCCAACAGCCCGGUGACCUGAGCUUCAAACCUGGCGACCGCAUCACCAUCAUCACCAAGACCGAGAACCAGUACGACUGGUGGGAGGGGCAGUUAGAUGGGCGAAAGGGGAUCUUUCCCGCAAACUAUGUCACUUACUGAACCCCGUCGCUCGGUGGGCUACGUGAGGAAAGCAACCCGCACAUUGGUGCAAAUACAAUAUUUAGCAUUAGCGUACUCGUGCAUGGAUAUGGAAGAAAGGCUCAAUCGACUUGCCAUACUGGUGCAUAACUACUUCCAGGUCAACCACGUAUUAUUAUUAUUAUUAUGAAGUCAUUUCGCUUUGGUUGUUUGGUGGCUUUGAAAAAGUAGCAUUUUUCUCUUUAAAAAUAAAGCAAUGUUUUUAUUUUAGAACUU